ACAAGCAGUGAAAGGCAGACUUUGUGUCUUGUCAGUAGUAUCUUUUAUACUUUGGUCGCAGCAGUCGUCUUGCAUAUCGUCUUGCUCUCCAUUAAAUAGUACACAAAACAUGAAACUAUAUUCCGUUUCGGACGGUCCGCCGUCUCUCGCCUGUCGUCAACUGUUGAAGGCUUUGGAUAUCGAGUACGAGUUGAUCGAUGUAGAUUUUGGAAAAGGCGAACAUAUGACUAAGGAGUACGAAGAGCUAAAUCCACAGAAGGAGAUACCUACUCUAGUCGAUGGUGAUCUUAUAAUGGGCGAAAGCAAUGCUAUUUUGCAAUAUCUAGCCGAUCAGUAUGAUACGAGCGGUAAACUAUAUCCGAAGGACCCAAAAUUGCGAGCGAUUGUCAAUCACCGUCUGUGCUUCAAUUUGGCGCUCUAUUACCGUAAUAUUUCCGAAUACGCUAUGGCACCGAUAUUCUUCGAUUAUCAACGCACGCCAUUGGGACUGAAGAAAACGAAGAUGGCAUUGGAUAUCUUCAACACGUAUUUGCAACGUGAAAAUUCCGCGUAUGCGGCAGGCAACGACUUAACGAUCGCCGAUUUUCCGCUGAUAACAGCGACGAUGUGUCUGGAGGCCAUUGACUUCAAGCUGGACGCGUGGCCCUACGUGGCGAAAUGGUACGAAAAUUUCAAACGAGAGCACCCUGAUCUUUGGGAAAUCGCAGCGGGCGGGAUGCGGGAGAUCAGUUUCUUCGAGAAAAAUCCGCCCGAUUUAUCCGGAAUGGAUCACCCGAUACAUCCGGUGCGCAAGAGCGCAUGAAGGGAAUUUUCGCAGCGGAAUAUAAAUAAAUAAUUAACACACAUAAACAUUGUAGAUUCGCAGUUUUUUUUUCACAUGUGAUUUGAAGAAAUUGAUGACACUAAAAUAAGUGAUAUUUUUACUGAGCUUUAUUAUCGACAUAUAUAUACAUAUAUAUCGUCAUAUUCGCUCGCAAUUCUCUUCCAUUGACACCUUGUAUAUCGACAUUAAAUUAGAAUUUAUACCGCAAUACACCUUACGAUAAUAAAUAAAGAUAAAUGUUACAAUUACUGCGAUUACAAUCGUCGCUUCGUGUAUUAAUUGUUUCGUUAAUUGACAGUACAUAUAUAGGUGCAAAUAAAACGAGCCUACGCGCAUUUAAAUCAAAUAUUAAAAUUUAUCAUGAAAUUUAUAGGCGAUAAAUGCAUCUGUCAUAAAUUACACAGGCCGACAGAUUUGACCUCAUUCGCGUUAUCUCGGGCUGUGAUCUUGAAGGAUUUUGACUCGCUAAAACCAAAUCCGUUUACAAAAUUGGUCAGAAUCUUUCGGGGUCACCCUGUCUAAUCCGAGAUAGCGCCGAGAUGUCAGCUUAUGUUAUGUACAAGACGAUUACAUUGAGUAAGACUUAACACAAAUGAAGAUGAUUCAUCAAUGAAAUAAUUCUAUGACAAUUCUCUCAUGCGAUGACUAUAAAAAUAGUUUUACGAUUAGUAAUUUAAGAUUUAAUUUAUUUAAAGAUUCACAUAUGUAUAUCAUAGAUAUAUUGUUAUUUGAGUUCUCGAUGAGACUUUUAAAGUUUCAUCAUAAACACAGAUUCUGGAAAUUCAUCACGAACCUUAAUAAUCGUUAACCUUUUUCAAGUAAAAUUUAAGAUAAUAUGUGACAACGAUAUAUAUAUAUAUAUAUAUAUAUAUAUAUAUAUAUAUAUAUAUAUAUAUUGUAAAUUGAGUCGCCAUGACUCUCCUAUUUCUCGAGAAUCUUGUUUGCGUAUUAAAUAUCUCUUUUUAUAGAUUACAGUCAAUCACAAAUUUAUUCGAGACGUUCACUGGAACACUAUGGUAGAGAAAAGAUUUAAAAUUUAUUACUCGAGUUAGAAUUUUAUAUAUAUAUAUAUAUA